AUGGAGGCCUCGGGGACAGCUUGUGAGCAUCUCGACUGCCGGGUGGAGACGCUAAACUUCAUCAGUGACCUUGUUGAGCUGGUGGGACACUAUGAAGAGGUGGUUGUUACUAAUCUGCAAAGUAGGAACGAUGCUAUGGAAGUAGAGGUUCAGGACUUACGCUUAAGGCUUGAAGAAGCAAUAUCAACUGGCCAAGCCGUGGAAGCCCGGACGGCUGAGGCCAUCUUUUUAGCCAUGACGUCGAUGAUCAAAGAAUUGUCACUUCAGGAAGAGAAGAACAUUGAAUUGGAUGUACCCAAUCAGGACCUAUCCUCCUCGCUGCAUGCAAUGAUUGCAGAUAAAGUUAGCGCCUACAAACUCCAGCUUGCAGAGGACGCCAAGGCUAUGAGGGAGAAGUUUGAAUCGGUGUCAUCGAAGAAUCGAGCUCUAGAGCAACGCAUAGCUGAAGUCACUGCCACUUUACGCGCAAUCGGAGAGGAGCUAGUGUCUUCUGUGACCCAUAGUUCUUCACAGGCCUCUGAACUUAGUUCUUCCACGGCCAAUCUCACCUUCUUCAUGGAUGACGGUGCAGCGCUCUCGACAGUGCUUGCAGACCUUGCUGGUGCAGUGAAGGUGGUCUCAGAACACAAUGCACAGACGUGUGCCAAGCUCUUGCAGGCAGAGAGCGAGUUGUUGUUUUACAAGACACAGGCACAAACGCGAGCAGAUAGUGAGCAGAAGGCACUGGAAAGUUUGUCCAACCAAGUAGCCGAAGGCGAAAAACUCAAGAGGGAGACUAGUGAUGCUCUCAACUUGAUCUCAGACUUGCAGAUGGGGCUAUAUGCGAAGAACUCCGAAAUAUCUGAGCUUCAGAAGGAGCUCAAAAGCCUGUCAGACAUGCUCAAAGUGGAGGAGGUGAAAACUGCCGAUCUUAAUAGAGAGCUCCUCUCCACGCAGAAGGUCUUGGCAGAGACGCGGUCCAACCUUCUUACAGAACAAGCACGAGUCUCAGCCAUGAGUGGUGCUUCACUGCAACUUGAACAAGCACAGAAAGAUUUGCGUACUGCCGAGCUGACCAUUGCAAAGCUCAAGACCGAGCACCAAGACAUGGAGCAGGCAAUGGUUCUACAAACAGAUACCAUUAAACAGCUGAAUGCGACAUUACAUGACACUCUUGAAGACAAAUCCAGACUCGAUGCAAAAUUAUGUGAGGAUGCCACCACAAGACAAAACGCUACACAGGAGCUUUAUCGGAGGCUCGACGAGUUGUCUUUGCAAAAUGCAGAGCUACAUGCUCGUGUUGUUUCCCUUGAGCAGGAAUUAGGAGAGACCACAGAGCGGUUAUCAAAGGCCCUGAAGGCUGCAGAAGCUCAAGCAGAAAAAGCGAUCUCAGAAAAUAAGGCAGCAAGCAGUCGGAUUUUGAAGUUAGAGGAGACGGAGCAAAUUUUGACAGAAAAUCUAAAGGAUUGUGAAUUAGAGUUGGCGCGUGUGCACGAGGCUAACAUUGCGUUACAAACAGACAUCGUAGAGAUAUCUCAAGAAAAGGAACAAGUCAAGGAGCAAUCCUCCGCUAAUGAAAGACUGGUGCACGAGCGCCUUGAACGGACUGAGCAGAUCAUGUCAGAAAUGGCUGCCGAAAUGGACUCUCUUAAGCAACAAAUAGAGAAUCUGACAACAGAUAUUCACAUCAGAGAGGAAAUGAUAGCGAACUGUGAAGAGGAGAUUGGCAGAUUAGACGCCUUGCAUGCAGCAACGACAGAGGAGCUCCAAAGGAUAAACCAUCAAAAAGAGAGCCUAGAAGACGAACUGGCGCAGAAAGAUUUGCAGCUGGAAAAGGCAAACUUUAGCUUAGUCAGUGCUACCAGUGAUAUGCAGACUGCUUUAAAGUCUGCAGAGGAUGCUUUCACAGAUAGAUACCUGAAAGCACUUGAAGAUCUUAAGGUCGCAAGGGCGGGCUCUGUGGAGCUAGAGGAGAGACUAGCCAAUCUCCGAUCAGAAUUACAAUCAGCACAUCUUCGUCUUGAUGAAAAGAAUGCUGAACUAGAAGUCUUGCUGUUACAAAAUGAUGCCACGUUCAAGGACAAACUGGCCAUCAUUGAGGAACUCCAGGCCAACUUGGCACAGCGAGAUGGCUCUAUCGAGGCCUUAUCGUCACAAAAUGAUUGCCUACUGGGUACUGUGCAGGAACUCAACACACGAGUUCGUGAGCUAGAAGACGAGCUUGAAGUUACAACAAGAAUAACUGCAGAGCAGGAGGAUCAGCUGCAGCGUCUGCUGAUUAAUGGUUCCGAUUUGCAGAAGGAUCAACUAGCAGAGCAAACGACUUUGCUAUCACAGCAAGAUGCAAGGAUCAGUACCCUCAGGAACGAUCUGUCUAACAUAGAGCAACGUCUUUUUGAACUGGUCGAUGCCGCUAAUAGGAUAUUCGAGCUCCUGACAGAGUUAGCAGAAAAUAGUAACCAAAGUAUGGUAGAGCUUUCUAAGGUAGGCUCGAGGAGCGUGUCGCGGGCCGCAUCUGUCGCAGAGUCGCUUGCUCUAUCCACUCUUUCUACCGCAAAAUCUAUUGGACCUGCUCGUUUGUUAGUUGAGACCACCAUGCAGCAAAAGGAUUCAGAGGCUGCACUAGCUAUUGAACGCAUGACACGGCUGGAAGCAACCAUGACGUCUAUUCGUGAAAGUGUUGUCGGCAUCAUCACGCUUACAAAGCAGCGUCUUGAGGAAGUUGUAGCGCUUCAAGAGCGCAUCAGUGUGAAGGAGAAGGAGGUGAAUUUGCUCCUCGAUCUAACAAAAUCUCGUGAGGAUCGAAUUAACGUCUUGCUUGAAGAGAUAAGCAACAAAGGUGUAACGAUUUCCGAGCAGGCAGAAGUCAUUGACAAAAUGGUGAAGGAUUUAGAAGCACUUCGCGGAGCCUUAUAG